CGGGCCACGUUCGGAGCCUGGGACUAUGGGGUCUUCGCGCUCAUGCUCCUCGUGUCCACGGGCAUCGGGCUGUGGGUGGGGCUGGCGCGGGGCGGGCAGCGCAGCGCUGAGGAUUUCUUCACCGGGGGUCGGCGCCUCACGGCCCUGCCGGUUGGCCUCUCGCUGGCCGCCAGCUUCAUGUCGGCCGUGCAGGUGCUGGGUGUACCGGCCGAGGCCUAUCGCUACGGCCUCAAGUUUCUCUGGAUGUGCCUGGGCCAGCUGCUCAACUCCCUACUGACCGCUGCCUUCUACCUGCCAGUCUUCUACCGCCUGGGCCUCACCAGCACUUACCAGUACCUGGAGCUGCGUUUCAGCCGCGCUGUGCGGCUCUGUGGGACCCUGCAGUACCUGGUGGCCACAGUGCUAUACACGGGCAUCGUGAUCUACGCCCCAGCGCUCAUUCUCAACCAAGUGUCUGGGCUGGACAUAUGGGCAUCACUCCUGUCCACUGGAGCCAUCUGUACCUUCUACACCACUGUGGGCGGCAUGAAGGCUGUGAUUUGGACUGACAUGUUCCAGGUUGUGGUGAUGCUGGCUGGUUUCUGGGUUGUCCUGGUUCGUGGGACCAUGCUUGUGGGCGGGCCCAGGCAGGUGUUCAAACUGGCCCAGAACCAGUCCCGGAUCAACCUGAUGGACUUUGACCCAGACCCACGGAGUCGCUACACAUUCUGGACUUUGGUGGUGGGAGGCACGUUGGUGUGGCUCUCAAUGUAUGGAGUGAACCAAGCACAGGUGCAGCGCUAUGUGGCCUGUCGCACAGAGAAGCAGGCCAAGCUGGCCCUGCUCGUCAACCAGCUGGGCCUGUUCCUGAUUGUGUCCAGUGCUGCUGGCUGCGGCAUCGUCAUGUUCACGCUCUAUAUGGACUGUGACCCCCUCCUCACAGGGCGUAUUUCUGCCCCUGACCAGUACAUGCCCCUACUAGUGCUGGACAUCUUCAAGGACCUGCCUGGAAUCCCUGGGCUCUUUCUGGCCUGUGCCUACAGUGGUACCCUCAGCACCGCAUCCACUAGCAUCAACGCCAUGGCUGCGGUCACCGUGGAGGACCUCAUCAAACCACGGCUGCCCAGCCUGGCGCCCCGGAGACUCGUAAUCAUCUCCAAGGGGCUCUCACUCAUAUAUGGCUUGGCCUGUAUCACGGUGGCAGCUCUGUCUUCCCUGCUGGAAAGCGGCGUCCUCCAGGGCUCCUUCACUGUCAUGGGCGUCCUCAGCGGGCCCCUCCUCGGAGCCUUCACUCUGGGAAUAUUCCUCCCCGCCUGCAACACACCCGGCGUGCUCUCCGGGCUGCUGGCCGGCUUCCUGCUCUCGCUGUGGGUGGCCGUGGGCGCCACUCUGUACCCGCCCAGCGCGAAGUCCAUGGGGGCCCUGCCGUCCUCUGCUGCCGCCUGCGCGGGGCCCUCGGCCAACGCCUCUGGCCUCCUAGGGCCCCUCCUGCUCGCCAACGCCUCCAGUGGGGCUCCCGGAAUGGACCCUGGCCGACCCACCUUGGCUGACAGCUUCUACGCCAUUUCCUAUCUUUAUUAUGGUGCCCUGGGCACACUGAGCACCAUGCUGUGCGGAGCCCUCAUCAGCUACCUGACAGGCCCAACCAAGCGCAGUGCCCUGGGUCCUGGUCUGCUGUGGUGGGACCUCACAUUGCAGACAGCAUUGGUGGCUCCCAAGGAAGAAGUGGCCACUCAGGAUGACAGCUUGGUGAAGGGGGCUGAGGAACUGUCUCCCAGGGCUAAGAGGCCUCCUGACUUCCUGCCCACCAACGAGGACCAGCUGCUCUUCCUGGGGCAGAAGGAGGUGAAGGGAGCCAGCUCUGGCUCCUGGAACCCUCGCAGUGGGCGCGAGGGUGGCCGCGGCCUGCGGGAGACAGACCUCUCUGAGCCCGCCCAGGACUGA